AUGGUCGAGCAGAUCACUGCAGAAUAUAAAGCAAGAGCAUUGCAGUAUCACCCUGAUAAGAAUGCAGGAGACAAAGAGGCAGAAGCUAAAUUUCAAAAAAUGAAGGAAGCAAAAGAGGUGCUUUGUGAUCCUGAAAAAAGAAAGAAUUAUGAUAAAUGGCGCAACAGUGGUAUUUCGAUGAGCUAUAAACAGUGGCUAGGAAUGAAAGAGCAUGUUCAUCAGUCAAUGCAUUGGACAACCCUAAAAACAAAGGAUAGGAUGCUUGGUGUAGGAGGCGAGAGUUCCGAAAAAGCUCCUCCAGCAAACAGGAGAGCUUCAGAGGGCGGAGCUAAUAUUCAUUGGGGAGGUCGCUCAAACGUCCAGUGGGAAAAUCAACCACCGAGCGAUUUGGUCAAAGGGUUCAGAAAUUAUGAAAUUUAAAUUUUAAAAAGAAAUCAAAGAAGAAAUCCUUGCUAUAUGGCAUACAUUCCCUCAUUAUUUCACUAUAUUUUAUUUUCAAACUGUAACAAUUUUAUUUUUAUUUAAAAUAUUUUUUUUUUACUUUGGUGUGGUUUAUAUAAGAUUAAAAUUUUAAAAUAAGUAUUAAAAAAAUAUUCAUACCUUUUGCACUGAAGUGCCAAAUGAAUAUUUAAUUUGAAGUAUACUGGAAUCUACUAUUAAGACCAUCAAGGGAAUGUAUGCUCAAUAUUGUCCCAGUCUAUUAUUACAUGUUUCAAUGGAGAAUUGUCCAAUUAUAUUUAUUGUAUGUUCGGUUCUGUAGGCAGAUUGUAUGCUCUAGCCAAUGAGAUCCAACAAGAUAGACGAUAAGUCUGAUCAUUUUUGCCUAAUAUCAUUGAUUAUAGUAGAAAGAAAAAAAAAAAAAUCAUUGGCUAGGGUAAUGAAGUAACAUACUUUCAAAUAUGUAUGUUAAGAACCAUUUCAGUGUUUAUAGAUGUUUCUAUGCAGCUCAUAAUUAAGUAGCUGUUUUAUUUACAUUUUAGAACAUCUCCCUUAUAAAUGUUUCGGAUAGUAAAAUAUAAUGUAAGUGUUGUGAUGUUUUUUGACAAUCCCUGUUUGUUACACCUGUGAGAGCUGUUGACAUCAUAAUAUGGUCAUUUUGCACGUAGAUGUUCCUUUCUCAUCUAUGACCUAGUAGUUCAGAGGUAAUACAAAAUGGUAUUUAAGCAAAUGAGAUAUAUUUAUUAUUAAAUUUAUUAUGGGGUAAAGGAGAGCUACUCCUUUAAACUUAUAAAGUGGAAUAUUUAGCUAACAAUAAUUUUAUCUUUAUUAAUUAAUGCAAUUGGACCUCUAUAUAUCUAAUUGAAAGGUUCCAAAAAAAAAAAAUGGUUCUUUAAAAUAUUGCAAUUUUAUAUUAUAUUUAAUUGAUAUGUAUGUAGUUCAAAUGAAAAAACAAUUACAAUUACAUUUCUAGUGUUAAAUGAAUUAUUUUAGAAUUAAAGAAAAAUCAAAUAAUCAAAAACAUACAUACAAUUUUUAUUCUAUAUAUUUAUGAAAUUCCUUCCAUAUAAAGAAAGUUCUUUUCCAAUAAAAAUUCGAAGUUUCUUAAGAGAAAAUAAUACAUAUAAAUUGAGUAAUUAUGAACAGAAGAUCGAUAUAAAGCAGUUAAAUAACAAACUUAAUAACAUUUGUGUUGACAUUAUAUUGCAUUAAAAAUAUGAAAUUUAUUGUUUUAAUAUGUUGAUGGAAUUUACCAAUGGAAGAAAUAAUAAUGAAAAUAUCUUUAAAACGAUUAUAAUUUGUUUCCUAUGACUUUAUCUGUUCACAUAGAGAGAAUUCAUUCUAUUAAUUAAUUAUUUAAUUUUUAUAUAAAAUAUCUGAAUGGUCCAACAAGCAUUUCUAACAGCAAACAUAUCAAUAUUUAUUUUUUUAAUUUCAUUCUCCAGCUUAUUUUAUUAUUUUUUUUUUUUCUGUAAAUACAAUUUUGUAUUAUCUAUAAAUAUUUUAGUAGCAUAAAUGUAUGUAUAUCUACAUUUCUUAUUUAAAUGUAUGGUCUAUUACGGAAUUAUAAAUUUUAUAAUUGUUAUGUUGUAAAUAUAUUUUUGUAAAUUUAGAUAUUUAUCAAGAGUUAUGUAUAUUUGUUUUUUGAAUUGUAACCAGUACACGUUUCAACAAUGAAAAAACUUAUCUAUUCAACUGUUAUUUGUAUUAAAUUAUUUAUUUAUAAUUUUUGAAUUGUUCGUCCAAGUCAUCAGCGGGCGCUAAGUCAAUGAAACAUAUUUUUAACAGAAACUAAGGAGAGUACCAACCUAUUUUUAAUACUAUAUUCAUUCAUUGUAAUUAAAUUCACUAUUUAUCUACUAAAUAUGAAACAUUCGAAAACAGGGUAUGGAAAAUAGCAUUUAUGAAAGAUUGAUAAUGAAAUAAGUAUGGAUACAUAUAAAACCAUUUUGCAAUGUUUAUGGCUCUUGCUCUUGGAAGGUGCUAUAUUUUCCUAUAUGUCACUAAAUUCCUUUUUUUUCAUCUUUGAUUAAUGUCCAUUUCUAUAUUAAUGUAUAAGAUAAUUCUGUACCCUUAAUAGUGGACCCGAAUUUUCUUUAAAGUGCAGCUAUUUACUUCAGCAUCCUGUUGUAUGUAUUUGAAUAUGAAAUAAACUUGAUAUGCAUACUUCAU